AGAAUUUAAAUGUCAAAUACCAAGUUUGUCCAUCUGACAGAACUGCAUAGAAGUUUUAUUUUUGUUGUGUAUAAUUCGGUCAUCAGGGUUUCAGUUCAAUUUAAGUUCAAAGAAAACAAUAUCUGCGAUGUCUUUACGGCCAGAUGACCAUCGUCGAAAGUGGGACCGAAGCCAAUACGAAAGAUUGGCUCAAGAUCGAAUUCGAGGACAGAAAGCUGAAAAGGAGGAUGAGGACGCUCCGAUUUCGCGCGAACUUCUCAAACGCCGCGACUACAAAGUCGAUUUGGACAGCAAACUUGGCAAAAGUGUGGUGAUUAGCAAAACAACUCCAACUUCCCAAACGGGUGGAUACUAUUGCAAUGUGUGCGACUGUGUGGUCAAAGAUUCGAUCAAUUUUCUGGAUCACAUCAACGGUAAGAAACAUCAGCGCAAUUUGGGAAUGUCGAUGAAAGUGGAAAGGAGCUCCUUGGAUCAGGUGAAGGAACGAUUUCAAAAGAAUAAGAAGAAAAUGGAAGAGAAACAGAAAGACUACGAAUUGGAGUCGAAAGUUCGCGAGGCCAAGGAAGAGGAGGAACGAUACAAAGAAUAUAAACGGGAAAAACGGAAAGAUCGCAAGCGAAAGGCCGAAGAGGAAGCGGACGAUGCUGAUAGUAAGGCUACAUCAGACAUUGCGGCUAUAAUGGGCUUUGCUGGUUUCGGUGGCAGCAAAAAGAACAAUUAAGGAAUUAAGAUCUUUAUUAGCAGCUGAAUAAAUAUACGGAAACCAAUAUUGUUAGCCCAAGUGUGUUUUGCCUCUGUUGUAAAGUGAAAAUAAAAU